UGUCAUGCAGCGGCCUAUAGAUAUAUUGAUGAUGUGUACUGAUAUUUAAUGAUGUUAGCAGUAGUAGCAGUAGUGAUGUAGAUCUUUUUAGGCGACCAUCUUGUCCGAGUAUCUUCUGCACAAUGAUAUUGUACGCAAUCGACGUGUUCUGGAACUUGGAGCUGGAACUGGACUUCCAUCUAUCGUAGCCGCAAAACUUCUUGCUUUCCAUGUGACAGCCACAGAUCAGCAGUCAGCUCUCUCACUUCUUCGUCAAAACCUUGAAGCAAAUCUCGACCAGAAACAACUGUCCACGGUUACUGUAGCUCCACUGGACUGGACAAAUCCACCAAAGGACAAGCUGCCCUGCGAUGUUGUGCUCGGCGCAGAUCUCGUGUACAACAAGAGCGUGUUUGAAGCAUUGAAAAACGUCAUAACCUGGCUGGUUGAGGGUGAUACGAUGAUGUUGAUGGCCACUAAGAUACGAUAUCCAAAAGACCGGGAUUUCUAUGAAACGCUCAAAAAUGAAUUUUCAGUCGAGCAGGUCCAUUAUGACCAAGCAACAGAUGUCAUUUUGUACCGUAUCAAGAGGAAACGUGAAGAAUUAUGA